UAUUUAAUACUGCAGUCACGACCGGUUCUCGGUCCGAACCACACGUUCGAAUUUCAAAAGUUUCUUGUUUACUUUACUAACAUAUUUUACUGUUAAGUUUACUUACUAUCACUAAGUUUUAAAGUAAAUAUUGGACGAUGGAGUUGAAUGGGCACACGUUUUUGGACAAAGUGUUAGGUAUUGUGAAGGAGGAGACGGAUCAAGAGACUGCUCUUAUCCAGUUUAAGCAUCCAAAGGAGUUAGAGGAGAUAUUACGCGAAGAUCUGGACAUAUCGAAGAAGCUAAAUGAUCAAGAUCUAGAGAAGGCUGUUCGUAAAGUGUUGCAAUAUAGCGUGAAGACAAACAAACCUACGUUCAGAAAUCAACUGUAUGGAGGAACUGAUCCUUACGGGCUCGCUGGAGCCUGGAUUGCAGAAGCUUUUAAUACUAGUCAAUACACUUUUGAAGUAGCACCAGUUUUUACUCUCAUCGAAUUGAAAGUUCUUGAUCACAUCCUGAAGCUGUUUGGUAUUCCUGAUGGAGACGGCAUCUUCAGUCCGGGAGGAAGUAUAUCGAUGCUAUACGCGCUGGUCGCGGCGCGGUUUAAGGCAUUUCCUGAGGUCAAGAGAAAAGGGAUGCGCGGUCUACCUGAGAUGGUGAUAUUCACUUCUGAAGAUAGCCAUUACUCAAUAUUGAAAGCCGCACAUUGGCUUGGAUUUGGUAUAGAGAACGUUAAGGUUAUAAAAACAAAUGAUCAUGGUCAGAUGUCGGCCACAGACCUUGAGAAUACUCUUCAGCAAGAAUUGGCACUUGGUAGGACACCUCUAAUGGUCAACGCAACCGCUGGUACUACUGUGCUCGGAGCUAUAGAUGACCUGGAAAAUGUGGCAGCUAUUUGUGAGAAAUAUGGCGUUUGGAUGCAUGUCGAUGCUUGUUGGGGUGGAAGCUUAAUGCUGUCAAAGAAAUAUCGCAGCAAGCUAAAAGGGAUAAACCGUGCAAGCUCCAUAUCAUGGAAUCCACACAAGAUGAUGGGAGUGCCUUUGCAGUGUUCAGUAAUUCUUCUUCGAGAAAAGGGUUUACUGCAUGAGGCGAAUGCGGCCGCAGCGCAGUAUUUGUUUCAACAGGAUAAGUUUUAUGACGUCAGUUAUGACACUGGUGACAAGAGUAUCCAGUGUGGAAGAAAGAUUGACGCGUUCAAACUGUGGAUGAUUUGGAAAGCUCGUGGGGACAUUGGCCUCAAUCACCUCACAGACCACGUAAUGGAAAUAGCAGAGUUUUGUAUACAGACUGUUGCUCAGAGAAGUAACUUUAGACUGGUGACAAUGCAUAUGCAAUGCCCUAAUGUAUGUUUCUGGUACAUUCCAACGUUUAUGAAGAACAAAAUGGAGAAUGAGGAAUGGUGGAACACUAUGCAUAAGAUUACCCCAAAAAUCAAGGAACAGUUGACACUGCGAUCUCAAGCAAUGGUAGCGUAUUCUCCGCUUCGAGAACGCAAGAACUUCUUUCGUUUAGCGUUCACUUUCCAUCCUGUUCUUGAAAAGAGCCAUGUGCUGGACAUACUGCAAGCUAUAGAAGAGUGUGGAGAAGGAAUUACCAUGCCUGUGUUGUGAUUUAUAUAAAGAAUAAUUAGGGAAAUUCCAGGUCUUGUAAAAAUUAUUAACAUAAAUUUUAGAAAUGUAAUUAAUAACCAAAAACAAGCUUUAGAUAUUUUAUUAUUCUUUUGAUAGAUAUUCUUUUUUAGUAGCAACUAGAAGAGAAUAGGCUAGUCUAGAGAGUAGGUAAUACUGUAGGCUUGCAUCUUUGCUUACCAUCAGGUUCAGGCCUGAUUGCAGUCAAGCAAUAUAAAGCUCAAUGAAUAAGAAUAGAAACAUAUGUCAUUGUGAAAAUUGUACUGGUAACUAAAUGCAAGAACACAAAUGUUUUAAAUUUUAAACAGGAUAGUCUAAUUGAG